AUGGCCGACACCGCUCCGUCCCAGCAGAACAACGGCCAGAAUGGCUCCAACCAAGGCCACAUGGCCCCCGCGCCGCUCCACAUUCCUCAGAACAACAACCCUAUUCCGACUGCCAUCACCUCGCCCAUUGGCGGCGACAAAAGUGGCAUGAUGUCCCCCACCAGCGCCGGCGCGUUCUCCCGCCGCUCGGCCCCUGAACCCAACAAGCGGGCGCUCUAUGUCGGCGGUCUCGACCAGCGGGUGACUGAGGAUGUCCUCCGCCAGAUCUUCGAGACAACUGGCCAUGUCCAGAACGUCAAGAUCAUUCCCGACAAGAACGCCAAGGGCUUCAACUACGGCUUCAUCGAGUACGACGACCCCGGCGCAGCUGAGCGCGCCAUGCAGACCCUGAAUGGCCGCAGAGUUCACCAGUCGGAGAUCCGUGUGAACUGGGCCUACCAGGCCAACUCGACGGGCAAGGAGGAUACCUCGAGCCACUUCCACAUUUUUGUCGGCGACCUGUCCAACGAAGUCAACGACGAGAUUCUUACGCAGGCUUUCGCCCAGUUCGGCUCUGUUUCGGAGGCACGUGUUAUGUGGGACAUGAAGACGGGCCGGUCGCGUGGCUACGGCUUUGUUGCCUUCCGCGAUCGCCCGGAAGCCGAGAAGGCUCUGAGCAGCAUGGACGGCGAGUGGCUCGGCUCUCGCGCCAUCCGCUGCAACUGGGCCAACCAGAAGGGCCAGCCGUCCAUGGCCCAACAACAGGCCAUGCAACAGAUGGGCAUGACCCCCACCACGCCCUUCGGCCACCACCACUUCCCGACCCACGGUGUCAAUAGCUAUGACAUGGUGGUGAACCAGACCCCGGCGUGGCAGACGACGUGCUAUGUUGGCAACCUGACGCCUUACACGACCCAGAACGACCUGGUGCCACUGUUCCAGAACUUCGGCUAUGUGGUGGAGUCCCGGUUCCAGUCCGACCGUGGUUUUGCUUUCAUCAAGCUCGACACUCACGAGAAUGCCGCCAUGGCCAUCUGCCAGCUGAGCGGCUACAAUGUCAACGGUCGUCCUCUGAAGUGCAGCUGGGGUAAAGACAAGACUCCCAACGCCCAGGGUGGAUUUGAUCCUUCGCAGGGCCAGCAGCAGCAGCAGGCGUACAGCCCCCAGAACGCCCAGGGCCCUGGUCCCUACCCCGGCACGCCGACGCAAUACUUUCCCCAGUACGGCGGCAUGAGACACAACGGUGGCGGCGGUCGCCAAUAG